GAUGGCAUUACUCCAUUGUACUUAGCAUGUUGCAAAGGUCAUGAUAAUAUAGUACAAAUAUUACUAGACCAUGGUGUUCAAGUGGAUGUUCAAGACAAAGAUGGUAAUACUCCACUGUACAUAGCAUGUUACAAAGGUCAUGAUAAAGUUGUACAAAUAUUACUAGACCAUGGUGUUCAAGUGGAUGUUCAAAACAAGGAUAGUAAUACUCCACUGUUUAUAGCAUGCUACAAAGGUCAUGAUAAAGUAGUACAAGUAUUACUAGACCAUGGUGUUCAAGUGGAUGUUCAAAACAAGGAUGGUAAGACACCUCUUUAUGUGGCAUCGCAAUUUGGCUACAGUGAAAUUGUUGAAGUAUUACUAAAGGCUAAUGCAAAGACUGAUCUGACAAAGAAAGAUGGUAAUACUCCACUGUUUAUAGCAUGCUACAAAGGUCAUGAUAAAGUAGUACAAGUAUUACUAGACCAUGGUGUUCAAGUGGAUGAUGGUAAUACUCCACUGUUUAUAGCAUGCUACAAAGGUCAUGAUAAUAUAGUACAAGUAUUACUAGACCAUGGUGUUCAAGUGGAUGUUCAAAACAAGGAUGGUAAUACUCCACUGUUUAUAGCAUGCUACAAAGGUCAUGAUAAAGUAGUACAAGUAUUACUAGACCAUGGUGUUCAAGUGGAUGUUCAAAACAAGGAUGGUAAUACUCCACUGUUUAUAGCAUGCUACAAAGGUCAUGAUAAAGUAGUACAAGUAUUACUAGACCAUGGUGUUCAAGUGGAUGUUCAAAACAAGGAUGGUAAUACUCCACUGUUUAUAGCAUGCUACAAAGGUCAUGAUAAAGUAGUACAAGUAUUACUAGACCAUGGUGUUCAAGUGGAUGUUCAAGACAAAGAUGGCAUUACUCCAUUGUACUUAGCAUGUUACAAAGGUCAUGAUAAAUUAGUACAAACAUUACUAGACCAUGGUGUUCAAGUGGAUGUUCAGGACAAAGAUGGUGAGACUCCAUUGUACAUAGCAUGUUAUAAAGGUCAUAAUAAAGUAGUAGAAAUAUUACUAGACCAUGGUGUUCAAGUGGAUGUUCAAGACAAGAAUGGUCAUACACCUCUCUAUGUAGCAUCACAUGAAGGCAACAGUGAAAUUGUUGAAAUAUUACUAAAGGCUAAUGCAAGGACUGAUCUGACAAACAAAGAUGGCAUUACUCCAUUGUACAUAGCAUGUUACAAAGGUCAUGAUAAAGUUGUACAAAUAUUACUAGACCAUGGUGUUCAAGUGGAUGUUCAAGACAAAGAUGGUGAGACUCCAUUGUACAUAGCAUGUUAUAAAGGUCAUGAUAAAUUUGUACAAAUAUUACUAGACCAUGGUGUUCAAGUGGAUGUUCAAGACAAAGAUGGUCAUACACCUCUCUAUGUAGCAUCACAUGAAGGCUACAGUGAAAUUGUUGAAGUAUUAGUAAAGGCUAAUGCAAGGACUGAUUUGACAAACAAA